AUGCCUUCCCACAAAAUUAUGUUACUCUUUUUCUUUAUUAGCUUUCUUUAUUCUGCUACUACUCAAGCACAACCCUCUUAUACUAACAGCAGCUGUUCUCCUGACACCUUCGCUGCCAAUAGUUCCUUCCAAUCCGACCUCACCAAGCUCCUCUCUUCCUUAGCUUCCAACAAAACCGCCAACAUCAAUUUCUACAACACCACCGUCCACGGCGGUCGCAACACCGUAUACGGCCUCUUCAUGUGCCGGGGUGACGUCACCCUCCAGUUGUGCCACCAGUGCGUCGUUGACGCAACCAAAAACAUACGUUCCCUGUGCAACGUCUCGAAGGAGGCCGUGAUAUGGUACGAGGAGUGUAUGGUUCGCUAUUCCGACCGCUACUUCUUUUCCUCCGUCAACACGAGUCCUAGUCGGUGCGGGGCCAACACCAACAACGUCGCCAACAACCAAACAGGAUUCAUUAAUGUAUUGAACACAACAAUGAACAAGGCUGCCGACGAGGCGGCGAAACCUGGUAUGGGGAAGAAUUUUGCGACAGAAGAAGCGAGUUUACAGUUUCAAACUUUGUAUUGUCUGGUUCAGUGCACGCCGGACCUUUCUCCCCAAGGUUGCAGAACAUGUCUGAGAGACGCGAUUGGGGACCUUUUCAACUGUAGUGACAGGAAGAUAGGAGGAAGAGUUCUAUAUCCCAGCUGUAACGUUCGUUAUGAAUUGUUCAUCUUUUAUAAUUCUAGUGGUAAGCCAGCACCGCCGCCUCUUCCUGCACCUUUUCCGGCAACUCAUAUAGGAAAAACGAGGACCAUUGUAAUAGCUGUUGCUUCUGUUGCUUGUGCGGGGUUACUUUUUUGUUUGGUGUACUAUUUCUUAAGGAGUUUAAUAAGGAAGAGACGCAGGGCUGACCUCAGACAAAAAUACUUUGGAGAAGAAAGCAACACUUUAGAGCCUCUGCAAUUUAGUUUGGCUACUAUUGAAGCUGCAACAAAUAGGUUUUCAGAGGAAAAUUGUCUAGGCCAAGGUGGAUUUGGACAGGUUUACAAGGGUAUUCUUUCAAAUGGUCAAGAAAUAGCUGUAAAGAGACUUUCGAAAGGUUCAGGCCAAGGUGCAGCAGAAUUUAAAAAUGAAGUAUUAUUAAUAGCCAGACUGCAGCACAGAAAUUUGGUGACCUUACUGGGAUUUUGCGUAGAAGAUCAAGAGAAAAUUCUCAUUUAUGAAUAUGUUCCCAAUAAAAGCCUUGACUACUUCCUCUUUGGUUUGCUUCUUCUAAACUUUUUCAUAAUUUUUUUUAUUGAAAUUUAAGAUUAUCUUUAUUUGUAUGGGCACUUCCAUCGUCACUCACAAAAAAUAUAUAUGUGUGUGUGUGUGCGCAUAGGUUCCCAGGAAAAUAGAAGACUGACUUGGGAGGAACGUUACGAAAUCAUAAGAGGAGUUGCUCGUGGAAUUUUAUAUCUUCAUGAAUAUUCUCGUCUUAAAAUUAUACAUCGUGAUCUUAAACCUAGUAAUAUUUUGUUGGACAAUGAAAUGAAUCCAAAAAUUUCAGAUUUUGGCCUAGCUAGGAUGGUUGCUAUCAAUGAAAAUGAGGGAAAUACACGGAGGAUUGUCGGAACAUAGUAAGUUGUAUCUUCUCUCUCUUCAACAUUUACAUUUAUCUUGAUAUUGUUGAAUAAGGAAAAAUAAGUUUUUCUUAGGUGACACCAGAAGGUUUGCCUUCAAUGCAUCACUU